AUGGGUGAAGAAAGAGUAGCCUCAAGCCGCUCCAGACCCAGGAGUGCUGCUACACAGGAUGGCACCACUGAGCUUCCUGGUUAUUUGGCUCCUCUGCCUUCACAUUUGGCUGAUUCUGCAUCCACAGACCAGAGGAACAGCAAGAGGAAAAGGAAAAGGCAGAGCAGCAGCCAGCAAACGCCAUCCACCUCGUCCGGCAGACCAGCCAAACGCUCUCGCAGAGACUUGUACCUGAAGGGCCCGUUGCUUGGACGAGGUGGAUUCGGCUCUGUGUUUGCUGGGAUCCGCAGGUCUGAUGGACUGCCAGUGGCCAUCAAGUACGUGUCGAAGGACCAGACCCCCGAGCGACUGAAAGUUGACGGUCAGGGUCGGCUGCCGCUGGAGGUAGCAUUGAUGACCCGCGUCACGUCAGCUCCUGCCUGCCCCAGUGUCCUGCAGCUGCUGGACUGGUUUGACCAUCCCAGACGCUACAUCCUGAUCCUGGAGAGACCGGCUCCUUGUCAAGAUCUCCAGAGCUUCUGUGAGGAGAACGGCUGUCUGGACGAGCGUCUGGCCAAGAAAGUGCUGGUGCAGCUGAUCGUGGCGCUAAAACACUGCGAGAGCGGUGGCGUCCUGCACCGGGACAUCAAGCCAGAGAACCUGCUGAUCUCCACAGAGUCCCAGGACAUCAAGCUGCUGGACUUUGGCUGUGGAGAUCUGCUGAAGCGCUCGGCGUACAAAUACUUUGCAGGCACUCCUGCAUACGCUCCUCCUGAGUGGUUUUGCAGACAUCGCUACAAUGCGACUCCAGCUACAGUCUGGUCAGUAGGAGUGACGCUCUACAACAUCUUGUGUGACUGUUCCCCAUUCAGAGGUGCACGGAGGGUCACGUCCAGAAGCAGACUGACCUUCCCCAGGAGCUUGUCAACAGAGUGCCGUCAGCUGAUUCGCUGGUGUCUCAGUGCAGCACCGGCUGAUCGGCCCAGUUUAGAUGAUCUUGAGAGCCAUCCCUGGUUGCAAUGCACAGGUGGCCAAAGGAGAGCAGGAGUGGCAGAGGAACUGAGGAGAACAGAUCCUGAUCCUGAGCUUCCUCUGCUGCGUCUGUGA